CGACUUGGGACUACAUUUUCUCGCGUAAUGUGCGAGGUGUUCAUAGCCUCCGCCGUGCUUUGCCUGCGCUGUACGCAAAUAUCGGUCCAAGAUGUACGUGCUGUGUUCUUGUGGUAAGGCUCAACCAUAAUGCUGUGAACAGCGAAAGCACCAACUGGAAGCGUCUGUUUCGGGAAAACUAAACCUCUGCGCCGUGCCAUUGAAAGCUAAGUGGGGUACAUUUUGCAGUGCUAUAGCUUCCAUUAGGCAGUGUACAUUACGAGAUGGUCGCCAUGCAUCCUGCUAUCGUGACAGCUCUCAUCGCCUUGGUUUAUAGUGGACGUGCCGGCAUGCACCAACUUGACCUGCACCACUAACGCUGACUGCGCCGAUGGAAAAAUGUGCGUCACGCAUUACAACUACACCUCCGGAUCAACUUGCAAGACGCAGGGUCACUGCAUCGCUGUCACCGGGAAGACAUGUUCGUGUCUCGAAGGAUACACCUGCCGACAAAAGGACUGCCCUAAAUCACCUUACGAAUGUAUCAUCAUCGAAAACCACGAGACAAGAUGCGGCGGUAAAAACGCUCCCGUCUGCAAGGAUGGUGAAGUGUGCGCUUAUGUCUUCCAGAACGUCUACUGCUACGAGUGUCCUUGCUACUACUCGCACGACGUCAUGUGUCUCAAGAUUACGAAGCAACACCGGGCCUGUGGGCCGAACGCCAUUGCCGAAGUUAGCGGCCGCCGGAAGUACAGCUGCGAUGGCUGCAAGUCGGCCACCGCUGUACUCACCCUGCCUACAAUCAGUCCCGGACCCUGAAAACUCCUCCAAGUUCCAUGAGAAGCGAAGAAGCCUGUCUGGAAUACCUGUAGCACUGAUAUUUCUUAUCGUACAAACCCAAAUAAAGGGACCUCUCUGCAAUA